AUCGAUAACUUAUGCGAAAUUAAAACAUUAUUUGAACUUUUUGUUAGUAAAAUUAAUUUCUGGGUGAAGACUUUGCUAUUUUGUCUCUCAUAUUUCGAGAUUCUAAUUACGUGGCAGCUUCUUACUGGUGCAGGUGACGACAGCCUACGUGCCAAUCGAAAUACACGAUAAGAGCCCUACGUUCCCGUCUUCUUCAACUCCUUCACCGGGAUCUAACUACCAACCGCCGACGAGCAUGUCCGGCAUCUAGUAACGAUAUAAAUUCACCGCUGACGAACAUCUCCGGCAUCCAUUAACAAUAUAAAUUCACCGCCGACGAGCAUCUCCGGCGUCCAUUAAGGAUAGAAAUUCAAUAAGGAAAUGAGAAAUCGAAAAACACGAAAGAUAACCUUCGUUUUCCUACUUCUCACACUUCUCCCAAUUUCUACGCUCGGCCGCCAAUUGGUCCUCGUUCUCUCUCAAGAAGACCUAAAAGAAGCCGCCGCUGAUUCAACAAACCUCGUCGAUGACACAUCGGAUUCUGGAUUCGAUGAUUUUAUUGACUCCGAAGCUAAACCGGAUUACGUACUUGAUCCCGGUUCAUGGAGCCCGAUUUUUGAACCGGCUACCGCGUCGGAAGAUCACCUUGAACAUGAAGGUGUAUAUUACUCUGCGGUUAGUAAGAUAGUUAAGGCGUAUAGUCGGGGUGAUGAAAGAGCGAUGGAGGAAGCGGCAUCGGAGAUUGAAGCGGCUGCUGUGGCUGGUCACCCUCAUGCGCAGUCGAUUUUAGGGUUUUUGUAUGGAAUGGGGAUUGGAAGAGAAAGGAGUAAAGCUAAGUCUUUUUUGUAUCAUCAUUUUGCUGCUGAAGGUGGUAAUAUGCAAUCCAAAAUGGCACUUGCUUACACUUAUUCUCGCCAAGAGAUGCAUGAUAAAGCUGUAAAAUUGUAUGCCGAAUUGGCAGAGGUAGCCAUUAACAGUUUCCUGAUAUCGAAGGACUCACCUGUGAUUGAACCAGUGAGGAUACACAGUGGAGCAGAGGAAAAUAAGGAAGCCUUGAGGAAGUCGCGAGGUGAGGAGGAUGAGGACUUCCAGAUUUUGGAAUACCAGGCACAAAAAGGGAACGCUGGUGCAAUGUAUACAAUUGGGAUAUUCUACUACUUUGGAUUAAGGGGAGUACGACGUGAUCACACCAAAGCAUUAUCAUGGUUUCUGAAGGCAGUGGAGAAGGGGGAGCCGAGAUCUAUGGAACUUCUUGGGGAAAUAUAUGCAAGAGGAGCUGGAGCUGAAAGGAACUUUACCAAGGCAUUAGAGUGGCUUACUCUUGCAUCCAGGCAACAACUUUAUUCUGCUUACAAUGGUUUGGGCUAUCUCUAUGUCAAAGGAUAUGGAGUGGAAAAGAACAACACUAAGGCAAAAGAGUAUUUUGAGAAGGCUGCAGACAAUGGAGAGGCUGGUGGGUUGUACAACCUCGGAGUAAUGUACCUUAAAGGAAUUGGGGUGAAGAGGGAUGUGAAAAUAGCGUCCAAAUAUUUUAUAAACGCAUUGGAUGCUGGUCAACCAAAAACAUUUUAUCAACUGGCGAAAAUGUUCCAUACUGGUGUAAGUCUUAAGAAGAAUGUUCCUCUGGCAUCUUCCUUGUAUAAAGUAGUUGCAGAACGUGGACCAUGGAGUUCUUUGUCUAGAUGGGCACUAGAGUCAUAUUUGAGAGGAGAUGUGGGCAGGGCUUUCCUUCUAUAUUCGAGAAUGGCAGAGUUAGGCUAUGAGAUUGCACAAAGUAAUGCUGCAUGGAUCCUUGACAAAUAUGGAGAAAGAAGCAUGUGUUUGGGAGAAUCUGGAAUUUGCAGCGAUGAAGAGAGGCAUCAACGCUCGCAUGCCUUGUGGUGGCAAGCUUCAGAGCAGGGUAAUGAACAUGCUGCGUUGCUUAUUGGAGAUGCAUAUUACUAUGGCCGGGGUACUGAGAGGGACUAUGACCGUGCAGCAGAGGCAUAUUUGCAUGCGAAAUCGCAAUCUAAUGCUCAAGCUAUGUUUAAUUUGGGUUAUAUGCAUGAGCAUGGCCAAGGACUGCCUUACGAUCUUCAUCUUGCCAAGCGUUACUACGAUCAAGCGUUAGAAGUUGAUCAUGCUGCAAAGUUGCCUGUGACGUUGGCCCUUGCAAGCUUGUGGAUAAGGAAAAACUAUGCCAAUGGCAUCCUGGUUCACGUUAUUGAUUCCUUACCAGAAGUGUACCCCAAAGUGGAAGCGUGGGUGGAGGAUGUCCUAAUGGAAGAAGGAAAUGCAACAAUUCUCACCCUCUUUGUAUGCCUUCUAACGGUGCUUUACCUUCGCGAGCGGCAGCGCAGACAUGUUGCUGCUGCGGGUGAGAUCGCCUUCCCUCAUCAACUUGGUGAACAAGGUGUGCCUGUAGGCAAUUAAUCUGUUUCCAGAUAGUUCCAUUCUUGUGUUCUCUCCAAGCGGAAGAGAUAAAUUCUUUUGCGAUGUAGAAAAUUUUUCUUGUUUUGGUUAUUAGAGAGCUGCCCUUUUGUUUUGGGCAAUGUUAUAUAUUUGUCAUACACACCGCGACUAAUAGGAUGUAGUGGAGGAUUGUCACAACUUGAUUUCUCUUUUGCUCAUUUGCAGUAUAGAUUUUGGUACUUAAUUA